AGUAGGUAAAGGUCAUAAUAUCAGUCUGUAAUAUCACGUGGUGUAAGUUGCUCGCGUCCAUACGCCUGUAAGUGAGAAUCCCGGCCAACAAAUUGUUUCGCAAUGGCCUCUUAUGUCUUGUGCACUAGGUCAUUCCCGAGGUCCAACCGCCUCUUAUUUUCCCUCUAACACUAACAAAAAUCUUUAAUGAGAAAUUAGCCUUUUAACCCUUGGCGGGCCGUAACAGAGCUUUGAAAGCGCCCAGCAGUUUUCACCUUUUAUGUGCAUAUAUCAAAAAAAUCAGUACAAGUGACAUCAGUAAUAACUGAUAGCAACGAGUAAUAACUUGAUUAGCCAGUGUCCUGUGAUCGAUUGAUUGAUUGACUAUCAAUUAGUCAAUGAUUACUCAUUUAUGUGUCAGUUGGAUUAAAUACACUUAACUCACGGUUCCGAAUAAAGUGCAUUCAACUGUCGUUUUACUCCCCACAGAUAUGUCGAAAACAAUGUUCGACUUUCCAGUCAGUACUGCCAGUAUAAUGAUGAGGUGCCACAUUAUCUGCACGAUCGUCCUCCCUUGCUUGUCAAUCACUGCUUGGAUAGGCUGUCUUCAGCUGUCGAGAUAGGGCAAGAAUGCAUUCAAGUGACAGAUGAAGAACGAGGCACAUUUAAAGUUAAAAGCUUGGAUCCUAACACCAAGGGUUGCUGGUAUUACUUGUCGUUCGGAGACGAUGAAACAAUACCACAUUGUGAAUGCGUUGAUUGGGAGAAGCACUGCCUUCCUUGCAAGCACUUCUUAGCUGUGUUUAGGUAUUUCAAAGGUUGGGGAUUUGAAAAAUUCCCUGCGCAUUACAGAGAAUCUCCUUUUCUAACUUUGGACCAUGUUGUCGUGUUUAGUAAAGAGCCAAUUGCUAAAACCGAUGGGAGAGAGGCAGUGGAAGAUGCGAUACCGGAAAACAAGGUUCAUGGCCCAAAUGUGAUUUUCGAUGAAGAGCCUUCAAAACUUCCCUAUAUCGACAGAAAUCAAGUAGAUCGUGGAACACAAAGUGCAAAGAAGCCAUAAAACAAGUCACAUCAUUAACUCACAUUGUUCAUGACAAUGAAAGCUUGAAGGAAGUGUACACCCUUCUACAUGAUUGCAUUAAUAUCUUGAGCAAUGCUGCCCAGAAGGAAGAAGGCCUUGUACUAGGAAAGCCGCGAAAUAAGGGUUAUUCCAAGUCAAGUACAUCUGAGUCAAGCACAUCCGCGUCAAGUACAUCAAAGCCGAGUACUUCCAAGUCCGUAAGUUUAAGUAGCUUCAAGGAGAUCCCAAAAGUGAAAACCCGAAAUGCGUUCUCUGGUCGGCAUGGUGAAAGGGCCGAGAUAAUGAAAAGAACGUUUAAGGUUAAUGUUGAUGUGACAGCAGGACAACCCGUCCCUAAGCGUGCCAGAGUCUGAGUGACUGUGUUAUUGAAAGUGAAAUUGUCUCAAUGGAUUUAGAUUACAAAGCUGAUCCAGCUACAUCUGAUCCUAAUCCUGCACCAACUUCAAUUACUCCCACUGGGGUACUGGAAGCUGAAUCUACUACAUGUACCAAACCUGAUGCUGAACCUGGCGUUCAAGCUGCUGCUAAACCACAGAACCAAUCUACAGCAAAACCCCACACCCACUGCAUUGCAGUACCACCAGCUACUCGCACGGCAGUAUCACCAGCUACUCACACGACAGAACCACUAGCUGCCCCCACUGCAGUACCACCAGCUACUCCCACUAUAGUACAACCAGUUCUCCUACUCCAGUACCACCAGCUACUCCCACUGCAGUACCACCAGCUGCUCCCACUGCAGUACCACCAGCUACUCCCACUGCAGUACCACCAGCUACGCUCACUGCAGUACCACCAGCUACGCCCACUGCAGUACCACCAGCCACGCCCACUGCAGUACCACCAGUUACUCCCACAGCGGUACCACCAGCUGCUUCCACUGCAGUACCACCAGCUACGCGCACUGCAGUACCACCAGCUACUCCCCCUGCAGUACCACCAGCUACGCCCACUGUAGUACCACCAGCUACGUGCACUGCAGUACCACCAGUUAAUCCCACUGCAGUACCACCAGCUACUCCCACUGCAGUACCAUCAGCUAUUCCCACUGUAGUACCACCAGCUGCUCGAAGCUGUGUCCCUUCCAGCACAGCCAGUGCAAUUAUUGUUGACGACAAUUCUCCUGAUCCUCGUUCAUGGGUGAAACUUGAAAACUGCUGUCCUGAUGAUCCUGAUCAUAAACUUGUUCUC